CGAACAUUUCAACCUUCGUGAGAUAACAUGCAAACAAAUAUUGAGGGGAAAAUACCCAACUCAAAUGUCAGUCUCUCCCCGGACUCGGAUCUCAUCGCUGCGCUGCAAAACAUCCUCGCACGUUCACGAAUGAUUAUUCCGGAUCUCGAAACCCCAUACUCCAAACUUCCCAGUGCCAACCACUCUAACAUCAAGCGCGAUGACUCGAGCAUUAGUGCCGUCAUCACCGAACGCCAGCAGCAGUUGGAUGCAGUGUCACACGAAAUAUCAGACCUGGAAACCAUCAUGGAUAGUGUAAAAAAUCAUCACCAACAGCUCGUCGAGAAGAAGGAGAAGAUUAUCCAGUCCAUGAAUUUCCACAAGGGGCUUGUGUCGGUUCUGUGGCGCUUGCCAACCGAAGUCCUAGCCCAAAUUUUUCAUCACUGUCUCCCGGAUUUCCGUCGCUGGGAACACGCUUACUCUUGGCCCUGCUUAAAGCGAGAAGCUCCCAUGGUGUUAACCAGAGUAUGCCGACGAUGGAGGGACGUUGUUGUAGGCAUCCCCAGUUUGUGGUGCAAACUGUAUUUGAGAAAGCACAGAAAAUGGGAGCAGGCAGCCUUCUGUUAUAACUUAUGGCUCAAGCGAUCCCGAGGAUUUCCGCUCUCGUUAGCACUCAAUUGUUAUGAAAAUGACGCGACCACCCUACGAAGCCUUCUGCAGCCUUACACCAAUCAAAUCUCGUCUCUCUAUAUCGAGUGUUUCCAAGGCGCCAAUGCUGAACGUAUGUGGAAAGACCUCCCAGCACUUCAAGAGCUCACCAUAAGGGCAAAUCGUAAACUGCCAGCUGCACCACAAACAGUCUCGCGACUGCCAUUUACUCUGCGCAACCUCAAGCUAGUGGGGCAGUUCGUCGGUCCCAAGCGCUUAUCGUCUCUUAAUCCUAUAUUUGCACAACUGACAAAUAUCGAGCUCGCCGUACAUCAACCAAAUGCAUUGCUCCACUUACUCCAGCUCUCUCCCAACCUCUCCUCGUUAACGAUCGGCAUAGGACCCGGGCUACUCAGGCGGGCCUUGCAGCCAUUCACGCACGUCAAACUUCAAUCCUUGCGCAUCGCCUAUGUGUAUGAUUGCACACUCCCUAAACUGUUCAAUGCACUUUCACUCCCCAAUUUACGCAUGCUUGUAGCUCCUGAUUCACGACCGUGGCCGCACGAGGAGUUGAAGGCAUUGUUGGCACGGUCAAAUUGCCCCCUGGAGAGCCUGAUUUCCGGCAAUGGAGCAACGACAGAUGAGCAGCGAGCGGAAUAUAUUGCCCUCAUUCCUUCCCUUGAAGUAGUAGUGGAUCCGAAGUAUCGCGAUUACCUAUUAUAAAACUUAUUAGGCGUUGGUAGUAGAAAGUAUACAUUUGGUCUAAUGUAGUCACGUACGCAUGCUACCCGGCUGGUUCAUACAUAACUGGUACUUGACUGGUACAGUACAACUCAUCCAUCAUUGUGGUCCAUGCCCGAUCAAGUCCGUCGUGAAGUCCAUCUGUCGCUGCGUAGGACGCUCGUCAAAUAAGUUAUC